AUGGGAACGAAGGCAGCCAACCGGCGCGGCGGCUUCCGCUCCGCCCUGACGGCGGCGAGGACUCCGGCAGCGCCUGGGGCUCUGGCGGGUCUGCGGGCUGGGGGCCGCGAUGCUGAAGGCCAAGAUCCUCUUCGUGGGGCCCUGCGAGAGUGGAAAAACCGUUUUGGCCAACUUCCUGACAGAAUCUUCUGACAUCACCGAAUACAACCCAACCCAAGGAGUGAGGAUCCUGGAAUUUGAGAACCCACACGUUACCAGCAACGACAAAAGCACGGGGUGUGAAUUUGAGCUCUGGGACUGCGGUGGCGAUCCAAAGUUCGAGUCUUGCUGGCCAGCCCUGAUGAAGGACUCUCACGGGGUGGUGAUCGUCUUCAAUGCUGACAUCCCAAGCCACCGGAAGGAAAUUGAGAUGUGGUAUUCCUGCUUCAUCCAGCAGCAGUUUUUACAGGAAACUCAAUGUCUGUUAAUUGCACACCACAAACCAGGCUCCAGAAGUGACAAAGGAAACCUGGCUUUGGCGCCACCCUUGAACAAGCUGAAGCUGGUGCACUCAAAUCUUGAGGAUGACCCAGAAGAUAUCAGAAUGGAGUUCAUAAAGUAUUUAAGAAGCAUAGUCAACUCAGUGUCUGAGAGCAGAGACCGGGAGGAGAUGUCAAUUAUCACCUAACCGGCCUUCACCUAGACGCUUCCGCAUCCCAAAUGAAGUCAAUUUCAGUGCAGAUCUGAAAUCCAUCCACCUCCUACUAAAGUUCUCAUCUCCCUUUGGCUGUAGAAGACAUUUUGCUUAUUUGGCCAAAGGUAACAGUCAGCCAGGGAGUUGACUCAUACCAUCUAUUCUCUGUCCUCAGUUCAGCUGAGAAACUCCUGUUAUUGAAUUCUGAUUCCUUUGCCCCAGAUCUCUCCAGAGAGCUGGAAGACUGAGGUGGUUUUUUUUCCCCUUCACAUUAUGUCAUACUAUAAAAGUUGUGGAAUUGUAACUGUCAUAGCCCAGUGAUACCAACAGUAGUUUAAUCCACGUACAUUGGUUUAAAUGUGAUUUUCAUUCCUUAACCUGUACAAUUGGCCUAGGAUAUUUUUGAAAAAUAUUAGCAUUUAACCUCUCCAAGAUUUUAUUUUUAUUUAGAUGUCCUUGAUAUCUGGACACCAUAUCACACUGGAAGGUGGAAUACAUAUACAUCUUCUAAAAACAUUUUUUAUUAUCUCAGGGGAAUUUAAUUCUUAAAUAUUAUUUCAUGUAAUACAGGGGAAAACAAUGUUAUGUUGUCAUAACAACCAUUUGUAAAAAUAGUCAAAAGAUUUAAUGCUCAGGAUAAGCAAAUAUGGUGAGUUUAUAGCUUAUUGUACAAGUGAGUUUGUUUUAGUGAUCUUAUGAAUUAUUGUUCUUUCAUAAUUUGUACUUUUUGAAUUUUUUAAUACAGCCAACCUGAAAAUACAUUAAGUAGAUCAAAAGUUAGAUGUAGGGACUUCCCUGGUGCCGCAGUGGUUAAGAAUCCACCUGCCAACUCAGGGGACAUGGGUUCCAUCCCUGGUCCGGAAGAUCCCACAUGCCACAGAGCAGCUAAGCCCGUGAACCACAACUACUGAGCCUGUGCUCUAGAGCCCGUGAGCCACAACUACUGAGCCUGCGUGCCCCAACUACUGAAGCCAGUGCGCCUAGAGCCCCUGCUCCGCAACAAGAGAAGCCACCGCAACGAGACGCCUGUGUACCGCAACAAAGAGUAGCCCCUGCUCACUGCAACUAGAGAAAGCCCGCACGCAGCAACGAAGUCCCAACGCAGUCAAAAAAAAAAAAAAAAAAAGUUAGAUGUAGGUCUUUUCAACUGAGAGUGGAAGAAAAGUAGAGACACAAGAGAUGAAAAAUAUGCUUGGCUGCGUUUCACUCUUACAAUGAAGAGGGCUGAAAUGCAGCUGUGUGGGCGGUCUGCUUGAGAGAGUGGUGUUGGCAGAUAAUGACAGUUCCCUGGUAAAUUUAUUUAUUUAUUUAUUUAUUUAUUUUAAAAUUUUAUUUAUUUAUUUUUUUUUUUUUGCGGUACACGGGCCUCUCACUGCUGUGGCCUCUCCCGUUGCGGAGCACAGGCUCCGGACGUGCAGGCUCAGCGGCCAUGGCUCACGGACCUGGCCGCUCCGCCGCACGUGGGAUCCUCCCGGACUGGGGCAAGAACCUGUGUCCCCUGCAUCGGCAGGCGGACUCUCAACCACUGCGCCACCAGGGAAGCCCUUAAAUUUUAUUUUUAUUUAUUUAUUUUUGGCUGCGUUGGGUCUUCGUUGCUGUGCGCGGGCUUUCUCUAGUUGCGGCGAGCAGGGGCUGCUCUUCAUUGUGGUGCACGGGCUUCUCACUCUGGUGGCUUCUCUUGUUGUGGAGCACGGGUUCUAGGUGCACUGGCUUCAGUAGUUGCGGCACACGGGCUCAGUAGUUGUGGCUGACGGGCUCUAGAGCGCAGGCCCAGUAGCUGUGGCGCACGGGCUUAGUUGCUCCGCAGCAUGUGGGAUAUUCCCGGACCAGGGAUUGAACCCGUGUCCCCUGCAUUGGCAGGCGGAUUCUUAACCACCGCUACCAGGGAAGCCCCCCUGGUAAAUUUAGAUUGAACUACAGUCACCUCUUAGUAAACUGCCUGGAUUAUCCGUGAGCACAUUUUAGGCCCAGGUUAAUUUCCUUCUGCCUGACCUGCUCUCAGUUGGAACUUUUGCAAGGAACACAAGAUUACGUUAAUGUAAACUGUAGUAAAUCUUCUUUAUGUAAUACCUGCAAUAAUAAUAAUUGAUCUUGAGACUACAGCUCCAAGACAGAGAUUAUUUUUAUCUGAUUUUUAAUGAUUAUCCAAGAGCUCAACAGAAAAAUUAACGCAGCAGCUUUCAUUUAUGUUCGUAGCCAGAGUACAACCCUUGUGAGCCCUUGAAUCGAGAAAAAUGUUUUAAAAUUUAAGAGGCCACGUGUGCACAGGUUACAAGAGAACAUUUAGUGAAGAAGUCUCCCUGUCUUCCCUGUCCCCAAACCCCGUUCCCCUCUCCAGAAGCCCCCUUACCUUCCGUAUUCUGUCAGGAGAAGUCUGUGCUUUAUUAAUGGAAACAGUAGCAAACUAUUCACACUUUUUUACAACUUACUUUUUUCACUUUUUUUAUUUGGAGGAUUUGUGUAACUAUAUACAGAGCUGCCUUUUUCUUUUUUACAGCUGCAUAAUAUUCCACUCAAUCAUUUACUUGGGCAUUUUAUAUUAUAUUUACUAACAAUUUAUGUUGAGAUAUUAUAUUUUUAUUGAU